GCUAAAUGCUAACUAACAGCAGACAAGGGCGGAGAUAGAAUCUAGAAAAGGAACGAUCCUGGGCGCGAUCUUGAGGAGGUGCGGGUAUAAAAUCCUCGGGCUGGCGGGACCAGAUCCCUGGAGAAAGGAGGGGGCGUGGCCGAACUCCGGGAGAGGGUGUGGCCGCAGCCCCAGAUCGGCUCCGAAGGGGGAGGGUAGGGGAUAGGUUCAGUGACGUCAGCCAGUCCGAGAGGCCAGAGCUCGGUGAGGGGCCCGGGGCGCGGAUCCCGAGAACCUGGUGAGGAAAGCUGAGCCCGGAGAGCCUUGCAGGGAGAGCGGUAACCGGCGGAAACUGACCCAGAGCCGCACCCCCCAAGCACCUGCUCGCCUGCUCAGCUGAUCUGCUAGAGCGGGUUGGCUCGCAAGCCCCCGCCCGGGCCCAGCCCCCUCCCGGGCCCCCCAUGGCCCGGGCCGCAGCCCUCCCGCCUUCGAGACUGUCCCCGACGCUGCCGCUGUUGUCACUGCUGCUACUGCAGCUACGAGAAACAGGAGCCCAGGAUAUGCAGGUCCAAGUGGUCCCCGAGGUGCGGGGCCAGCUGGGUCACACCGCGGAGCUGCCGUGUCACCUGCUGCCACACACCCAGGACGUGAACGUCACGCAGGUGACCUGGCACCGCCUGAACGGAGUGUCAGUGGCCGCCUUCCACCCCAACUUCGGCACCCACUUCCCCAACCAGCAGGCCAGCCAGGAGCGGCUGGCCUUCGUCAGAGCCGGCCAGGGGGCCAAGGCCAACCUGUACGAUGCCACGCUGGCCAUCCGAGACCUGCGCCUGGAGGACGAGGGCAACUACACCUGCGAGUUCGCCACCUUCCCCAAGGGCACCCGCUCGGGGGUGACCCUGCUCCGAGUCAUCGCCCGGCCCCAGAACCGUGCAGAAGCCCAGGAGGUCACACUCAGCUUGGAUCCCGUCCCGGUGGCCCGCUGCGUCUCAACGGGGGGCCGCCCACCUGCGCAGAUCACCUGGAUCUCAGCCCUGGAGGGGCAGGCCAGAGACACCCAGGAGCCAGGGCCCCAGCAGGGCACCGUCACAGUCACCAGCCGCUACACUGUGGUGCCCCUGGGCCAAACGGACCGCGUCAAAAUCACCUGCAGAGUGGAUCAUGAGAGCUUCCAGGAGCCAGAGCUGCUGCCUGUGAUCCUCUCCGUGCGCUACCCGCCCGAGGUUUCCAUCUCUGGCUAUGACGACAACUGGUACCUCGGCCGUAGCGAGGCCACCCUGAACUGUGAUGUCCGCAGUAACCCAGAGCCCACAGGCUACGACUGGAGCACGCCUUCAGGCAUCUUCCCAGCCUCCGCAGUGGUCAAGGGCCCCCAGCUGUUUGUCUACUCAGUGGACCGACUGGUCAACACCACCUUCAUCUGCACAGUCACCAAUGCCGUGGGCACCGGCCGUGCCGAGCAGGUCAUCUUGGUCCGAGAGAGACCCAACACAGCAGGUGCGGGCGCCACCGGGGGCAUCAUCGGGGGCAUCAUUGCCACUGUCAUUGCUACCGCGGUGGCCGUCACAGGCGUCCUCAUCUGCCGGCAGCAGCAGAAGGAGCAGAGGCUGCAGGGGGCCGAGGAGGAGGAGGAUGACCUGGAAGGACCACCCUCCUACCAGCCACCCACUCCGAAGGUGAAGGCGAAGCUGGAGGAGCCAGAGAUGCCUUCCCAGCUCUUCACUCUGGGAGCCUCGGAGCACAGCCCACUCAAGACCCCCUAUUUCGAUGCUGGCGUCUCCUGUACUGAGCAGGAAAUGCCUCGAUACCAUGAGUUGCCCACCUUGGAAGAGAGGCCAGGGCCUCUGCUGCUGGGGGCCACAAGCCUCGGGUCCCCCAUUGGGAUGCCCCUGGAGCCGUCCGGCAUGGAAGGGGUUUCCCUGGAUCUAGAAGAUGAGGAAGAGGGAGAGACGGAGGAAAAUUAUCUGGACAAGAUCAACCCCAUCUACGACACCCUGUCCUAUGACAGCCCCUCUGAUUCCUACCAGGGCAAAGGCUUCAUUGUAUCCAGGGCCAUGUAUGUGUGAGGACUUUGGCCUCUCACCUGUCACCUCUGAUCCCUUAUAUUUUUGCUAGGGACCUGGUGCCCUCUGUCGUCUGGCUAAGCCACUACCAGUUAACACAUGGGCAUUCAUCUGUGACUUCUACUUUAAUGGCUCCAUCGAGACCUCUAACCCACGAUCUCAGGCCCAAAGAAACUUGCCAAGACAGUGGAAGCCUGGUAACUUUAUCUGACAAGGCAGGAGGUAGGAAAGAUAUUUCUACACAACCGCUGACCACAAAGACUCCUUUCUCAAACCGUGACCUUAGACUAUAGAUAGCACUCACUUCUGACUGGCCCACAUCUCCACUCCUCCAGAAAUCCCAAAGACUCCAGACCUCUGAUUUGUCCUUAGGCAGUCAGUCCCAGCAGCUCUGCAAAGCACAGGCAUUCAAGGGUUUUCUGCUGCUCAGACUUGAGCCCUCCAGGCAGCAGAGCCUCUUGGUCUCCUCCCCAAUCUGCUCCCCACAGAUGGAGGGAAAGGGAUUCCUAGCCUUAGGCUGAGCUUUCCCAUCUCCCCCCUCCUGCAGGCAGGAGUCUCAGGGCCCAAGCCCUUCCCUGAGCCCCACUACCCCAAUUCCUAUGUACAGAGCAUGAGCUCCAGCCCAGUGCUCAAAGGAAAACUUCACGCGUGUGCCUUGGUCACCUAGCUGUGGGUGAAGAAUUGGCUGUUACUUUUUUGGGGGAGGGUACUGGGAAUCAAACUCAGGACCUCAUGCUUGCCAAGCAGGCACUGUGCCACUGAGCCAUAUCCCUGAUGCUGGUUGUUACACUGAAGACUACUGAAUCCUUUGCUCUCUGCCCACUUGGAUGAGACCUAACAUCCUCCUCUGGGAAAAAAAAAAAAAAAAAAAAAAAGGCGGGUUACCUGGGUUGCGAUUGGGGUCUAUGAUAUUGUUUUGUAACCUAGACUUUCCUACAAAAUGAGUUUAUACUUUGA